UUAAUUAUUGCUGCAGGACAUCUUCACAGAAAUAUGCACCUUUAGACUGGUCAGAUUAUUUCGAUCGAGAAGAUGAUAUUCAGAUCCCGGACUCAGACGAUGUAUUUCAUGUUUAUAUGGCAGGGACUGAAGGGCCUGUUGUUUUUUGCCUGCAUGGUGGUGGUUAUUGCGGGCUCUCAUUUGCAUUGGCAGCAAGCAAACUUAAGGAGAAAGCUAGGAUAGUAGCCAUGGAUCUCAGGGGACAUGGAAAGUCAGCUACACAAAAUGACGUUGAUUUGUCCAUUGAGACGCUAUGCGGUGAUGUGUUUUCUGUUUUGAAGACAAUGUAUGGAGAUGCUCCGCCUGCAAUUGUUCUUGUUGGCCACAGUAUGGGAGGUGCAGUUGUAGUUCACGUUGCUGCAAAAAAAUCACCUCCAAGUUUGGCUGGCUUGGUGGUUGUGGACGUUGUUGAGGGUUCAGCAAUGGCAUCGUUGAUUCAUAUGCAGAAGAUUCUGUCGAACAGAAUGCAGCAUUUCUCUACCCCUGAAAAAGCGAUUGAAUGGAGUGUCAAAUCAGGCUCUUUGAGAAAUAUUGACUCUGCUCGUGUAUCAAUCCCCAACACAUUGAAAUAUGAUGAAUCAAAAAAAUGUUACACACACAGAGCAAGACUGGAAGAAACUGAGCAGUAUUGGAGAGAAUGGUACGAAGGCCUUUCAGAAAAGUUUUUGUCAUCUCCUGUUCCAAAGAUAUUGCUGUUAGCUGGGACAGACAGACUUGACAGAGCCCUCACAAUAGGUCAAAUGCAAGGGAAGUUCCAAAUGGUGGUUGUCAGACACACAGGCCACGCUAUACAGGAAGAUGUUCCUGAUGAAUUUGCUACUUUGCUACUCAAUUUCAUUUCCCAUAAUCGAAUAGGCCCACAUGGAAUUGAGAUACCUGGACUUCGUCGCCCCCCUCAGUCAAAACCUUGAAUACUGGACUGCUGCGGAAUAAGAAUUUAAUAGUUCCUAUUUGUAACUUCUAGUUGCUUGCGCCUGAGGAUCCUUUGGGAGCGUGUAGGCUAAAGUUUAAUAGAGAUUGUACAUAGAGUUGUCAGCUAUAAUAAAUUUUCGAUUUGGCAAACAAGACCAUUUAAAAAAGUGUCACCUUUUGUUUCUUCAAGAUUAAACUUGUACAGUUGCUUGUCUCGACUCUAAAGCUGAGGAACUCAAGGAUUGAAAACACAAGUUUAUUUCCAUGAAUCAACUUCUUUAAUUAUCAAUGGCACUAAAGUUGUUUUUA